GUUAGAUGGUGGAUGGGGCGGAGCCGGAAAGCUCAAUGCCUGGGUCCCCAGUUACUACCAGUAAGUCCCUAGGUCUCUUUAUCUCUCCCUUGUUCUACCAGCACCACCACCAUCCAUGCUGCCCCAAGAACCUUGACAACUCCAGAACAGAUUCCAAGCAGGAGAAGCUGAAAAUAUCUCCUUUCACCCUCUACUUUGGGCCAGGGCCUGCUAAGGCCUACCCUCUGAAGCGGAGGUCCAGGUGUCCGAAGUACUACCACAUCGUCUUUAAGACCAUCUUUGACAAAAAUAAAAGGAUGGCCAAGGAGAGGGGUCUAAUGAGCCCCAGUGAUUUUGCCCAGCUGCAAAAAUACAUGGAAUACUCCUCCAAAAAAGUCAGUGAUGUAUUACAGCUCUUCUAUGAGGAUAGCAAGAUGGCUACAUAUCUCCAAGGAGAUGCCAUUGGGUACGAGGGAUUCAAGCAAUUCCUAAUGAUCUAUCUCGAUGUGCCUACUGUUCCCAAUAAGCUGAGCCUGGCACUGUUUCAAUCCUUCCAGACUGAUCACUGCUUAAAAGAGACUAUGAGUAAAGAUGUGGUGUGUCUCAGUGACGUCUCCUGCUACUUUUCCCUUCUGGAACGUGGCCAGCCAGAAGACAAGCUAGAAUUCACCUUCAAGCUGUACGACACGGACAGAAAUGGGAUUCUGGACAGCUCAGAAGUGGACAAAAUCAUCAUACAGAUGAUGCGAAUGGCUGAAUACCUGGAUUGGGAUGUGUCUGAGCUGAGGCCGAUUCUUCAGGAGAUGAUGAAAGAGAUUGACUAUGAUGGCAGUGGCUCUGUUUCUCUUGCUGAGUGGCUCCGGGCAGGGUCCACCACUGUGCCACUGCUAGUGCUGCUGGGUCUGGAGAUGACCCUGAAGGACAAUGGGCAGCAUAUGUGGAGACCCAAGAGGUUCCCCCGACCAGUCUACUGCAACCUAUGCGAGACAAGCAUUGGUCUUGGCAAGCAGGGGCUGAGCUGUAUCCUCUGUAAGUACUUCGUUCACGACCAGUGUGCCAUGAAGGCCCUGCCUUGUGAAGUCAGCACCUAUGCCAAGUCUCGGAAGGACAUUGGUGUCCAAUCACAUGUGUGGGUGCGAGGAGGCUGUGAGUCUGGGCGCUGUGACCGCUGUCAGAAAAAGAUCCGGAUCCACCACAGUUUAACCGGGCUGCAUUGUGUGUGGUGCCACCUAGAGAUCCACGAUGACUGUCUGGAAGCUGUGGGCCAUGAGUGUGACUGUGGGCCGCUCCGUGAUCACAUCCUGCCCCCAUCUUCCAUCUACCCCAGCGUCCUGGUCUCUGGACAGGAUCGUAAAAUUAGCAAAACAAGCCAGAAGAGCAUGGAGGUUUUCAGUUUGAGCACCUCUGAGGCUCUGCGGAUUGAACCUGUUUCCAACACCCACCCACUUCUUGUCUUUGUCAACCCCAAGAGUGGUGGGAAGCAGGGGGUCAGGGUACUUUGGAAGUUCCAGUAUCUACUAAACCCUCGGCAGGUGUUCAACCUCCUAAAGGAUGAUCCUGAGUUAGGGCUCAGAUUCUUCAAAGAUGUUGCUGAUUGCCGGAUUUUGGUGUGUGGUGGCGAUGGCACAGUAGGCUGGAUUCUAGAGACCAUUGACAAAGCCAACUUGCCUGUGGUGCCUCCUGUCGCUGUGUUGCCUCUGGGCACUGGAAAUGACCUCGCCCGUUGCCUAAGGUGGGGAGGAGGGUAUGAGGGACAGAAUUUGGGGAAGAUCCUCAAGGACUUAGAGACAAGUAAGGUGGUACAUAUGGAUCGAUGGUCUGUGGAGGUGAUACCCGAACAAACCGAAGAAAAGAGUGACCCAGUCCCUUUUCAUAUCAUCAAUAACUACUUCUCCAUCGGUGUGGAUGCUUCUAUUGCUCACCGAUUCCACAUCAUGCGGGAGAAAUAUCCUGAGAAGUUCAACAGCAGAAUGAAGAACAAGCUAUGGUACUUUGAAUUUGCAACAUCUGAAUCCCUCUUCGCAACAUGCAAAAAGCUGGAAGAAUCUUUGACAGUUGAGAUCUGUGGGAAAUCCCUGGAUCUGAGCACCCUGUCCCUAGAAGGCAUCGCAGUGCUGAACAUCCCUAGCAUGCACGGUGGCUCCAACCUCUGGGGUGAUACCAAGAGACCCCAGGGGGAUGGCCAUGGGAUCAACCAGGCCUUUGGCGCUACAGCUAAAGUCAUCACCGACCCUGAUAUCCUGAAAACCUGUGUACCAGACCUAAGCGACAAGCGGCUGGAAGUGGUAGGGCUGGAGGGUGCAAUUGAGAUGGGCCAGAUUUAUACCAAGCUCAAGAGUGCUGGACAUCGGCUGGCCAAAUGCUCUGAGAUCACCUUCCACACCACAAAAACCCUCCCCAUGCAAAUUGACGGAGAACCCUGGAUGCAGACACCCUGUACGAUCAAGAUCACCCACAAGAACCAGAUGCCCAUGCUCAUGGGCCCACCCCCCCGCUCCUCCAAUUUCUUUGGCUUCUUGUGCUGAGGGGGAUGGACACCCUCUGCCUCCAAGACAGCCUUGAACACCCCUCCCCACUCCUGGACUCCACCUCCUAUGCUCUGUACAUUGCUGCCACACCCUCCUGCCAGCUCAGGAGGAGUGUUCCUUCACCCUCAUAUAUUUAUUAUCCUGUACCACCUCCACUAUCCCCCAUGCACAAAUACACACGUGCACACAAACACAUCAGAAACAUACGUUCAAAGUGCCUCAUCUGAAUAAAAUGACUUUUUUCCUA